GGGGGGUGGCUUUUGCGACAAGCCGUAAAGCGGGGGAGUUUGCGUCGUCGGCGGAGCGACGCUCUGGAAGCGGAGGAAGGAGAAGCGGCCGCGGCGGAGGGGCUCUGCCCACUGGCCAGUUUGAGCUGCGAGAUGAGGCCACAGCAGCCGCCUGUUGCCAGCAAAGUCUUCAUCCAAAGGGACUACAGCAGUGGCACUAAGUGCCAGUUCCAGACCAAAUUCCCCCCAGAGUUGGAAAAUCGGAUUGACAGGCAACAGUUUGAAGAAACCGUACGGACCCUGAAUAACCUUUAUGCCGAAGCGGAGAAACUUGGAAGCCAGUCUUACCUGGAAGGGUGCUUGGCUUGCUUGACUGCUUACACUAUAUUUCUGUGCAUGGAGACACAUUAUGAGAAGGUUCUAAAGAAAAUUGCCAAGUACAUUCAGGAGCAAAACGAGAAGAUCUACGCUCCACAAGGCCUCCUGUUGACUGACCCCAUUGAGCGGGGACUAAGAGUUGUUGAAAUUACCAUUUAUGAAGACAGAGGUGUGAGCAGUGGAAGAUAAACCUUUGAUGUCAAAGGGACUAGCGAACUGGUUUCCGCUCGUUUUCUUUCUUCUGUCCUAGCACCCUUUCCCCUGCUUCCCUGAACUCCACAGUGCCAUUUACACAAGGACUAACUUUUCAGAAGCUCCUGUCUUUUCGUGGGGGGAGCCCAGCUCAGUUGGGCAGCAUCCGUCUUGCUUUGUUCUGCCGGAAGCUCCAGCGUCCCUCAAGGGGCUAGUUCCUUUGGCCCAGUCGAGCAGUCACAGACAGCAGGCAGAAGACCAACUGGGAAUGACCAACCCAAGGCAGCGGGAAUUCUCUCUGUGGACUCUGGGCUUCUAUCCGCUUCUGGAGAAGAAAGCAAGCGUGCGUCGCGUUUCCGAAAACGAGGCCUCUCUUUAUGAAGUACAACCUGCUGAUUUGUCGAGAAGGGACCCCAAGCCCCCAUCUUUCCUGACUGACUCCACUAAGAAAUCGCAAAAGUUGUUUUUUUUUUUUUUUUCAUUUUCAUUUUUCCUGCUGACGUAUUUUGGGAUAUGGAGCCUCCUGCUCCAUAUCAGUGUACAUUUCGUAAGAACAAGCCGUCAGCCGUGUGUUAAAAGACAUGAGGAAAACACGGCAGCCCCAAAAAUUCUUCAUUGUUAGCAAAAGUGUCACUUCUCGGCUCUCCUCCACCCUUAAAUGUUCAAUAUGUAAAUGUAGGUAAUGAAUAUGGUUUUGGGGUUUUAUAGAUGUUUUAGUUUAGGGCAAACAGGUUUUAGGACAACCUGGAAACGGUGUUCGCUGCGUCAGCUAUUUCUCCUUUCUCAAAUGUCGUCUCUGCAGUACUUCUACUUGUGCUCAACAUUCCAGCGUGAUGCUUUAACAAAAAUACCUGGAACAUUUUACCCCUGUAUCAAAAAAUGAUAAUAAUCAAAGGUUCUUUGUCCCGUUCCUUCUUUUCUGUCAAAUGUGGGUUACUCUGUGUAUCUCUUUGACUCUCAAACGGCAAAGUCAUUCUGCUGUGUGGAAGUUUGCUAUUCUCUCGUGACCAGGUAUUAAGGAAUUUGCCAAACAAGACCAGUUUUAAAACUGGUGGCAUAGUUUGUCUGUUUGUUCGGUUUUUUUUUUUCCUUUGAGCAAUAGAAGAGACGCCGAUAGUGGAUCAAGGUUUUCAGGUGUAUUAAUUCUUCAGUUCCCUUUCUUCAUUGUUUUUUCUUUAUCCUGUUUAAAAGUUUAAUAUUUGAAAUCUAUAUAUAUAUAUAUACACUCGUGAGUUGUUUUUUCUAAUCUGUAAAAUCUGUAACAGUAUUUUGCCUUUUGCACCCGUUACAAUUGACUUUGGGAAAUAAUGGCUUAGUAACCUUUUUUCUUAAAUAAAUGGUCAUUUGCUAGAA